AAGGGAUCGGCAAAUGUUAGCUAUAUAUGCUAAAACGCGCCUAUAAAGUUGUACUGAACGUCGCGCGCCCGCCUCAGAAGCACUCAAUCCUCGAAGAUAUCUGGACAUCGGAAUUUCAAAAUGCUGAAAAUAUACCAGAUCUUAUUGCUGUCUGCUGUGCCCUUAGCUAUAGCUCAAUUCUCAAUUCAGGGACCCAGUGAUGGAAAUCGGCAGGCACAAGGUCUCAAGUACAGCGAAGACAAAGGCAUAGAAUAUUCUGAUAAAAGUGCAUCAUUGGGAGCAGGAGAUUUUACAAUACAGGGAGCGACGGAUGGAAAUAGUAAUUUCCAAAUUCAAGGUGCAUCGGAUGGAAACACUGAUUUUCAAAUUCAAGGACCCUCGCAUGGUGGUGCGCAAACGUAUUUGCACGGGGCUUAUGAUGCCAAUCAAGGCGGCGGUAAUCCAGGGUCACGUGCAUUGGAAUAUCAAGACCCAAGUGGUUUAAGGGUAAAUUGGAGAUCUUAUGGUCAUGGUCGCCAAAAUACACAGCCACAAGAGAUCGCAGCUCCACAACCAAUUCAACAACCUCGACGACGACAACCUGCCCGUCAGCAAACUCAACAACCUGCACCACUGCCACAACUAUCACGAGCAGCAGCGCCACAGGCCAAACCCAAUUAUACUCCUUUUAGUAAUGCUCCUACGCAAAUCAAACAAUUACUGGAAUAUCAAGCGCAAAUACCAUAUCUGAAUGCUAUUCCUGAACCAUUUAGAUUCGAUGCUGAAUCUGCUGCACGGGCACACGCUGAGCAAUUUCAAGCAGAAUAUCCAAAGCAAGUUCAACAAGCAAUAAGAGAAAGACAACAGGUGGCGUCUGCGCCUGCGCCUGCACCGGCUCAGCAGCCAACUGAAGGUCAACAGUACCAAUCUCGAGGUCAGUAUCGUGCUAAAUACCGCAGCGCAUCGCGACAAAAACGCCAGGCAUAUUCGCAACAACAUCAGUCACAGCAGCAGCAGCCAGAUUUGUCGCAAUAUAAAAGAAUAUCACAACCAGCUGCAGAACCUCAACCUAGAUAUUCCACGAAUUUGCCUUCACAGCUUCAAUCCAUCUUGAAGUUCCAGGCUCAAAUCCCAUAUGAUAACACAGCGAAUCAAAUCAAUUAUCGUCCAGACAAACCCUAUGUGCCACAACCUGUACAGUCACAGCAGCAACAGCAAUACGCGCCACAACAACAGACGCAAUACGCACCGCAGCAAACGCAGCAAUACGCACCACAGCAACUGCCGCAAUAUGCACCAAAACCGCAAGCACGGCCCGAAUAUGUUCCCCAAUAUCAAGGAAGUGGACAAGGUCAAACACAAGCACAAGGACAAUAUUAUGGUCAAACACAAGCACAAGGACAGUAUUAUGGACAAGGUUCGACACGAGUUCGUCCUGUUAAAGAGCCGCAAUAUUAAUUUCCUUUCUUUUUCAAUUUUAUCUUAGUUGCAUAACAAGUGAGGUCAAAAAUGUCAUGACUAAAUCUGUUAAAACACUAUUCAAAUGUCGAGUUUCAAACCUGAUGCUGUUCACGUUUAUCAGGAAUUUCUGGUCAAUUUGGACUUUAUAAGGACAAAAAUGUAAUUGUGCACCGCAGGAGAGCUACACGGAAAUUCAAAGUACUGGGUGUGUAUGAAUUUCAUGUGGAUGUAUAUUAAAUUCAAGAAAGAUACUUAACUUCAUUUCAUAUAACAUAAACAGAUGAUAAAAGUCUGCUGAAUUUGCAAUUCCAUUGUAUAUUAAAAUUGCAAUCAUAAUUAACAGUGUGUAAAUUAAAGUCUGAUUAUAAUAUAUAUGUUGGGAAAACUGGAUUUUAUGCUGGCGAAUGUAAAGUUGCGCAUAUGUGAAUGGCAUUUAACGGUUAAAGCGACUGUAAUCUAUUACCCUUUCCCGGUCGAGUUCUCAUGGCGUUCUCUUCUUAAUAUCGAUUUCAUCUAGAAAGUGCCAGCGUUCAAGUUAUACUAGAACUGCUAUUCUUCAGACUAUGAAAGCGCGUAUAUAUAAUCUGUUAUGGUAACAACUAUCGGGAAGCAUGGUUGCAUGGACCGAGUAACUUCCUGAGAUGAAAGAAAGUGAGCAUACAUUAUUCAUGAUUGUAUCAGGUAUUGCAGUUGUCUUCUACGGAAUGUCUGAGUCAAUUACUUUGAUUUCAAUGAAGUAAAGAUAAUUUAAUAGUGCAUGUGUCAUUUGUGUGGAUUGAUUUAUUAGAAUGCAUACUACGUUUAAGACCUACUAAUUGUUUUACGACUAGUAAAAUCUAAUUUCGUGAUUUA